AUGCACUCUUCUGAGUCAGAGACGAAUGAAGAGGAUGGUAAUGGCAGAGAGAGAAAAAAAUUCACCAGGCUUAGUGACGAUGAGUAUCUUUCAGAUAAUUUAUCAACUUUCCAUGUACAAGAUUACAAAGGGUUCGAAGAAAACAGUGGCAGAAAGAGAAAAAUGUAUCACUUAAAGCAUGGAGUGUGCAUUAAACGCGAGCACUGGGAAUCCAUGAAGAAAAUGUUUGAUGCUAAGGAGUAUAUCAAAUUUUUUAUACAUUCUUUGUACAAAGAAGAGGAUUUAAUAGACAAAGCAUUUGUUUUGGGCGGUUGCAAACGAGACCGUAUACCUGGUAGGAUUCGCUCAGAAUUUUCAGCUGACGAGAAAGCAGCUAUCAGAAAAACAUUUUUCUGCUGGGUUGAUAAAACUUCUCAGAAUAAAAAGCAAGCAAAAUAUCACAAAAAUCACUGGAAAACGUACAUAAGUGACCAUAUAAACAGCUUAAUCGAACGUGAGAAAACUAAAAAUGAGUGGACGAAGGUCAAGGCUACGUAACGGUUGUUACUCAAAGAGACAUAAAAGACGCUUGGUACAAGCGCAGAAUGAAAAAGAUGCCAAA